AUGAAGUGGAACAGUUACUUUUUAUGUGCCAUUUUAUUACUGUACAACAUUUAGUUAGUAGUUAAUACACCAUGUAAGAGAAGAGAGGCAAAAUUAAAAUCAAUAAUUAGGGGAAAAUAUAAAAACGUGCUUAACUAUAACAUGGGAGCAUUAAUCUCAUCAAAAUAAUAGAAUGGGUUUUAAGUUGGCAUUUAUGGUAGUUGUUUACGCGAUAAUAUUUAUACGAUUACAGGAGGAUAUGGAUAUACAUCAAGUGUGUUAGGAAAAUCAAUAAUAUUCAAUUUGUAAGAGUAUUACGAAUUAAAUACCUUAAAAAUAUGGUUUUGGGACCAAACCUACAGGUUCUAUAGACUAAAGAUAUAUUUAAUAUAUAAUGAUGUAGAAACCAUAAUCUAUGAAAGCAAUUUUGUUUAAAGCAUAACUACUAUAAAUUUUCCUGUUUAGGCUGUUUAAAGUUUUAAAGUAUACAAUCUUAAUGGAAAUACUGAAAAUACUGGGCUACAUAUAAUAAAAGCAGAAGCUUAUUAUAAGCUCCAAAAAAAUAUGUGA